AUGGUGAGUCCGCCCACUUGUAUGCCCAUUGAAGCCUCACCGCUCACAAAACACCCCAUCAGUCGCUGACACCUCCUCCCUCCAGCUGCCCCUCGGUCUCCUCACCGCCGCGCAAGGCCACCCGAUGCUCGUCGAGCUCAAGACCGGCGAAACGCUCAACGGCCACCUCGUCAACUGCGACACAUACAUGAACAUCACCCUGAAAGAGGUCGUGCAGACAUCCCCCGACGGGGACAGAUUCUUCCGAGUAGCCGAGUGUUACGUGCGAGGGAACAACGUGAGAUAUGGUCCCUGUUCGGAUGAUUUGGCGGCAAGUGCGCGACUUGCUGAUGUUGGGGCGGAAUAACAUAGAUCAAAUACCUACGAGUGCCGGACGAAGUCGUGGAUACGGUCAAGGACCAACAGGCCGCCCAGCAGUCGCAACGCGGAGGACGAGGAGGUUCGGGACCGAGAGGUGAUCAUCACCGUGGAGAUAGGGGUGGACGCGGCGGCAGAGGGGGUCGCGGACGAGGCAGAGGACGCGGAGGUUGA